AAGCCGUCGCGCCAUCUGGCAACACUAACAACGAUGUUGGCGAACGAAUCGAACAAGCUGCUGCUUUCCUCGCAGCAGGAAAAGCCCAAUCACUAUACCUACCUGAAGGAGUUCCGCGUGGAGCAGUGCACGUCAUUUUUGCAACACAAGUGCAACCAGCAUCGCCCCUUCGUCUGCUUCAAUUGGCAUUUUCAAAACCAGCGUCGGCGUCGCCCCGUGCGAAAACGCGAUGGCACUUUCAACUACAGUGCGGAUAACUAUUGCACCAAAUACGAUGAAACCACUGGGAUUUGUCCCGAGGGCGACGAAUGUCCUUUUUUACACCGCACAGCUGGGGACACCGAGAGGCGCUACCACUUGCGCUAUUACAAGACAUGCAUGUGCGUGCACGACACCGACAGCCGUGGCUACUGCGUCAAGAACGGACUGCACUGCGCCUUUGCCCACGGAAUGCAGGACCAGCGCCCACCGGUCUACGAUAUCAAAGAGCUGGAGACCCUGCAGAAUGCCGAGAGCACACUUGACAGCACUAACGCUCUGAACGCCCUGGACAAGGAACGCAACCUGAUGAACGAGGACCCCAAGUGGCAGGACACCAACUAUGUGCUGGCCAACUACAAGACAGAGCCAUGCAAGCGUCCACCACGCUUGUGUCGCCAGGGAUAUGCUUGUCCACAGUACCACAACAGCAAGGACAAGCGUCGUUCUCCAAGGAAAUACAAGUACAGGUCGACUCCUUGUCCAAAUGUUAAGCACGGCGAGGAAUGGGGCGAACCGGGAAAUUGCGAGGCCGGCGACAACUGUCAGUACUGCCACACACGCACCGAGCAGCAGUUCCAUCCGGAGAUCUACAAGUCGACCAAGUGCAACGAUGUCCAACAGGCCGGCUAUUGUCCGCGCAGCGUCUUCUGCGCCUUUGCACAUGUGGAACCAUGCUCAGUGGCCGAGGACAAGAUGCGGGAUCAAGAGCUGUCCUUAAGCGAGCUUAUUUCCAAUGCCUUGCCCGACCUCAAGACCCAGGAUGUGUUCCAAAGGGGCGACAAUUUGUUGAACAUUGAUGGUAAUAGUACCAAUAAAAUGUUGGUAGAUGCUUUGGAAAACACAACAAAUUCCAGCAAAUUUUUAAGUUUCUCACGACCGCCGGACAGUCGUUCUUGCUCACUGGAUGAUCCGCGCGAGAACUCAUUGUCGGCGAGUCUGGCCAAUACUAGCUUAUUAACACGUUCCUCGGCGCCAAUUAACAUUCCUAAUACGACUCUAAGUAACUCAAUUAACGAUUUCAACUCAGGUGGCUUCGCCGUCAACAUUCCCAGCAGCUCGCUCACAUACAGUCCUACCAACCAUGCCAAUCUCUUCAACGUGGACGCCUUCAACUACGGCGGUUCGAACAAACUUAGCAAUUCCCUUUCGGCCACCCAGAACGAGAGCAGUCUCUUCUUUCCGUCGCGCAUCAUAUCGCCCGGCUUUGGCGAUGGCUUGUCCAUCAGUCCCUCGGUGAGGAUAUCCGAACUAAAUACCAUACGCGACGACAUCAAUAGCAGCUCGGUGGGAAAUAGUCUGUUUGAGAACACUCUGAAUACGGCUAAAAAUGCGUUCAGUCUGCAAUCGCUGCAGUCACAAAAUAACAGCGACUUGGGACGCAUCACCAACGAAUUGCUUACGAAGAACGCUCAGAUCCACAAGUUAACUGGACGCUGCGAGGACAUGGCUUGCAAGCUGAAGAUCGCAGAAAUGCAGCGGGACAAGGCCAAGCAGGAGUCGCAGGAGUGGAAGGAGCGCUAUGACCUAGCUCAGAUUCAGCUCAAUUUGCCAGCAGAGUUGCGGGACUUGUCCAUUCAAAAGCUAAAGCAAUUGCAGUCAAAGCUGCGCACCGAUCUGGAGGAGGUCGACAAAGUAUUAUAUUUGGAGAACGCCAAGAAGUGCAUGAAGUGCGAGGAGAACAACCGCACGGUCACCCUGGAGCCGUGCAACCACCUGUCGAUCUGCAAUACGUGCGCUGACUCGGUUACCGAGUGCCCAUACUGUCAGGUGCCGGUAAUUACCACCCACACCUAGAACUUGUUUUAUCAGCAACAGGACCACAAGUGGCCCUUUGGCUGAAAAUCGGAUACGAAAACUGAUUUCGAUAGAGUGUGGGAGGAUCAUGGGGAUCAAAAGCGCGAACAGCAUGACAAUGUGGUACUCACAAAGCAAACUUUAGUAAUAAGCAAAAAGUUGAAACUUUUGAUUGGUUAGGAGUUGCCACAUGCCGCUUGUGCAUGUGGUGAAGAAUAUAUAAUUUAUAUUUCCACUCUACGCAAAUUAUGCAAAUUAUCGUCAUGAAUAUUAGCAAUUACUAGGCACAAACUAUUAAUUGAAUUAGAUAGCAGCUCUUAACAAAUAAGUACAUCAUUUUAUUUUUGUCUAUUUUUUUUUCUUAAAUCGACUACAGGAAAACUUGAAAAAAGUUUAAAUUUUGAUUUUUUAUACUAUAUUUUAUGUAUUCAACAUUUUAAUUUUGUUUGAUAUUUUCAAUGUUAUAGGCAUACGUAUUUUUGUUUAACCAACUGCACGAAUUUGCAAUAUCUCAUUUAUUUUUUUUAUCCACAUAUAUUUGUGUGUCUCUAUAUUUGUAUUAUGCUACACUUUCAGUCAUAUUGUACUUUUCACUAGUAUUACUUAAGAAAAAUAUGAAAACUAAACCAUUACAAUGUGUAAUUGGUUGAAAGAUAUGAAAAAUAUAUAAUAUAUUAAUUUUUCUAGACACUUUUAGCAAUUGACUAUUAACAAAUUUAUAGAAAACAACAAAUUGAACAAGUUAAUAAUCUUUAACAAUGUAUUGUCGCAUAGAAGAGCAGCAAGCAACCACAAACAAACAAAAACCACCAGUGAUUUUAUAAAAGCCGAUUUUCAAACUGUAUUUUAUAUGUAUGUGUUUCAAACUUGUGAAAGAAAACAACUAAAAGCCAAGACAAGCGUCAUAAAAUGUAUUUAACUGACAGGUUCAUUAAUCUUAGUCAGUUCUCUGCUUUUAUUUUUUUCCAACUGCACAAAAGUAAUUAUAGAAACUAAAAUGAAUUGUAACUGAAUGCGGCACUGCUUUUCCUUAUCGAAAAGCCAAUUUUGUUGAAAACCAAGUUGAAUGUAUUAAAGCCAAGUACUCAGAUCGACGAAAUCCAAAGAGGAGCAGAAAGACCUCGUUGACGGACAGGUUUCGACAAUCUGAGGGCUAAGGACACUAUGCUUUUAUUCAGGCUUAGGUGGGGCAAUGUUGCUAACUACCAGCCACAAAAUUAUGUACGCAUAUACUCUAUUAGGUUAUUUUGUGAUUUAUAUAGUGCUUUAAGUACUUACUUUGCAGCUGAAUUAAAUCUUCACUUUACUUUCAUAGUCUCAACUGGACGCUUCCAAAGUAGAACAAGAAAACAAAAAGAAUCGUCAAUGUGAAAUCGUAUUAUUAAGAUAAAUGAAAUCAAGCAUUCAGCUGAUGGUACAAGAACGAAUAUGAAUAGAUAUAUAUUUAUGGAAAAUUUGAAAGCAGAUUUGAUGAGUGUGAUGUAGAAAGCAUAAACAAUAAAAGUAAUUCGAUACAGCGAAAUGAACAGAGUUUAAUGAAAAUGUUAACCCGAGUUAAUGUAAAACCGUCUUCAAAAACUAUUGUAUUUUUUUGCAAAAAUAAAGUUAUCAAACGUAACCAAUUGGUAGCUGUGGACAAUGUUGGAUGAAACUGAAACGUAUUGUUAGCUAGUUGAGUUAAAUUGAUAAAAAAAAAUAUAAUCGAAACGGGACUGUUUUGAGAAUGAAUUAAAAAUAUAACAGCAUAGGCAUUUAUUGAAAACAAAAGCAACACUAUGAAUGAUAUACAAAGGAAAAACCAACUAUGAAAUAUAUUAUAUAACAAAGCUAACUAGAAAAGGCAGCGCAAAGGCUUUUAUCUCUGUGUGUGUUUGUACUGUGUUUUGUAGAAGCCAAAUCAUCAAAAGAUACAAAUUAAUAAAUAUAACAAUAACAAAUGUGUGUUAACUUAUAAAUGCUUUAAUAGUUUAUGACAAAGUGUACACGAAAAAACUAAAAAUCACAAGAGCAAGUAAUGAGUACAUUGGUUUUAUAAUGGAGCUGUUGAGUCGCAAAUCUAGUGUGUGUAAUACCAAACUGAUCUACAUGCAUACCUCUCUCAGAAUGUCCUUGACUUUCAUCGACCGGGCACAGUUUAACAAAUUUGCUAAUUUACUUUAUAAAUCUCUACGAGUAUACAUGGGAUAUCUAUCGACUACGGGUUUUCCAACCGCAAUCCAAACCAACCAAUGCAAAGCAAUUUUUCAACAUGUCAAGAAAUCCAUUUCACGCCAUCUCAACUGUGAAAAAUCAGAGCAGAAACCAGAUCGAAAAGUAUAUGUACGUUACAUACAUAUAUAUUUAUAGAUGACACAUGUAUUUUGUAUACGCUACUGUAAGAGUGAUUUUUAUGUGAUUUUGAAACUACUUGAAUAUGUGAUCCAGAAAUAUAAAAAAAAAACAAAAAAGAAAAAAAAACAAAUAUUUAUAUAUAAAUGCAAGCUCGCGACAGCAACCAGCAAUAAAACAAAUCAAAUUGUAAACCAACUUGACUUUAUGUACAACAACAAUGACAACAAGAACGAAUGUUGUAAAGCUCCAGCUCCAUUUAGAAAACAAAAGGCAAGGCAGGAGAUAUUAGUUGAGAAAAUAUGGACACACAUAGAAUAUUUAAUAAAUUGUCAUAUACACGUAGACCAGAAGAAUCAAACAAAGAAACUAAAUGUCUAAAAUAUCAAAUUGAACUAAUAGCUAGUUUAUAGGGCUCUCAACAAAAGUUUAAACUGAAAAAUCACAUACGAGUUAAAAAGGAAAGGCAAUUACUUCUCUAGCUCUAGAACAAGAACAAAUGUUUGCUACCAAUUGUUUCAACUAGUUAAUCAAUAAUAAAUUAACAAAUUGUAGAAAACUGUAACUAAAGGUUUAACAUGAUUAGUUAACCACGAUUAGCAACCAAAAACAAGACAACUCUGAACACCGAACAGGAAUUUUAACGAUGAAAUCGCGGAGACCGAGCAAUUUGCAACCGAAAGUACUGUCUAGUAUUUUAAACUUGUCUACAACAAUUAUGAAUCAAAUAGAUUUAUGCAAUUUUGUGCGAACCAAGCCCACACAGACACACACAAUAAGUGAAACACGAUAAACUAAGUGGAAUCAAUAUGUAUGAAAUUAUUUUUUUCUAGAAUACUACAAAUGUGUGUCAAGACCUAAAUGAAAUAAGCAGAAUUUGAAACUUUUACUAGAAAUAAACGCUGAACUAGACUCGAUACAAUUCGACAGCUCUUUGUAAGUUAACUUACACCUAGGUAUAUAGGUAAUAUGAAAAAUAUAUGUACUAUUUACCCAUACAAAAUAUCUAUGAAAAUUUUACAAGUAAUUCGCGGUUCAUGUCCUGGCUUUCCCUUGAGUUAUGUUCCCUUUAUAUAUCUCCUUUUUACUUACCUCCGAUUAUAUGGUGUUCGUCGAAUGAUAUUAAUACCGAUGCGCUGAUAUUGGUCAGAUGCCAUAAAGCUCUUGACUUGUAAAGUUUCUUAUCGGGGAUUAAUAGCCGCGGAAAUGCGGCCAUAGCAGUUUAUUUUUAUCACUUGCAGUAUAAUUUAAAGUACCUUCUUCUGAUAUUAUAAAACUUGAAGCCCAAAAACAAUAUUAGCUUAACGACGUUCGCCUUCAUCAUUUUGGUUCGUUCUUUUCGUAUUGACUCGAGUGUUAUGGCUAAAGAUAUUGAAUGAAGGCAAUACACAUAUAUAUGUAAAAAGGGAAAGAUUAAGAAAAUCGCGUUGUGUUACUUGACUAUCCGAAGGAAAAGACAAAGCUACAAACAAUAGACUCCGACAAAAGGACACCCUUCCACAUUGUAGACAAUGCAACCUUAACAAAUCAAUUAUUUAACUAGUUAUGCCCGCAGAGGAUACGAAUACAAAUAUUUGAAUAUUUAUAUAAAUAACAUAUUACCUAUGAUAGCAUUAUCAAAUUAUUAUCAAGCAAAUUGUGUAGCAAUUUAGUUAUGUAUUUCAAAAAAAUCAAGAACAAAUGUUUGUCCAAGGCGACCAGAAAAGCAACAAAAGCAUCUGCCUCAAUCCGAAUAUACACACCUCUAUAUAUUUACGAACCUAAGUGUUGGCAAUAAUCGAGUGGACAGCAGGAGUUUCUAUAUAGGCAUUUGCUAAGGAGAGUUACUACUAUGUAAACUAUGCAAUUAACAAAUUGAUAAAUACAAAUUACUAUUUAAAAGAAAGAUUAAUAAAACCGUGUUUAAAGCAAGCCCCCCA